CUAGUCGUGUUCCGACCAGUCAACCAAAAAGCGAACGCCGGAAUAUUCUGUAGGCUGCGGAACGCUAAACUGAGAAGAUUGAACAGAUUCAAGUCAAUAUUAGCCGAUUUGAGGCUCAACAAGGCUUGCCUUCACCAGAUUCCGGCGAAACCUGGCCGGUUCUGAAGCUCCUGCUGAUGGGCCUAGCGUUACCUAAUUUGUUGCAUUUUGUGCUCUUUUACAGUCGAGAGCUCAAUUGUGCAUUUGGUUAAUAAAUUUUCAUAUUCUUGUGUAGUUUUUUAUUGGCAUGGGAAUGAGUAUGGACCCAAACUAGGAGGAUUAGGGAACUAUGUCAUCAGAGUUCUGAAGCUCCUGCUGACGGGCCUAGUGUUACCUAAUUUGUUGCAUUUUGUGCUCUUGAGCCUCUACAGCUACUGAAAAAGUCUUUGUUUCUGGUUCAGAUGAGCCUUUUAUUCUCGAAGAGAUCAGACCAUGUUCUUGACAUGUCACAAAGGCCACGGAAAAGAUCAACCUUUGGCCAUGGCAAUUUUGAGCCUGCUUCAAAGGAACCCAAAAUGACCUUGAAUGACAAUUAUUUAGAUGAUCCACUGAUAGAUGAGGAUUACAAAAAAUUCUUGUAUGCCUUAGAGAAGAACAGUAAAGAACCAGAAGAAGUAGAAGUAGAAGAGAAAGAAAAAGGAAAGGAAGGUGAUGAAGAAAAUGAAGAUGGUGAUGAUUAUAGGGAUCCUCAGUACAGGAUGUUCAUGGAAAAUUUGAGGGAAGAUGGGAACUCAUAUAUACUACAAAUCUCUAAACAGGAUGUGAUGACCCUUUGUAUAAAGUACGAAGGGGAGGACAGCAGACUGUCUGGUGGCAAUGGCAACGACUGGGCAAUUCCAAGAGAAGAGGAUAAGAGUAACUCAGCAACUCCAAGAGGAGAAACUAAAGGAAAUUUGGCAACUCCUGUGGAAGAUGGGAGUGCCUCAACAGCUACAAGAGAAGAAGACAGGAGGAACUCAGCAAUUCGAAGAGAAGAUAUGAAAACCUCAUCUGCUCCAAGUAAAGAAAAUAGGGGAAACUUAGUGACUCCAAUAGAAGAAGAUAAGGGGAACUCAGCAGCUCGAAGAGAAGAAGACAGGAGGCAUUCAGUGAGUCCAAGAGAAAAAGAUUGGAGGAAUGCUGUGAAGACAGAAGACAUACAAAGUCUGGAAGUUCCAUGCAGUGAACUAAAUGUUUUGAAGGAGGUAAAGAUGGAGAUGUCAGACCCCUUUAAUAGUGUAUCCCAUGGGGUGGAUGGGGGUUCUUGUGUAAACUCUGAGAGUUAUCAGUUACUUUUGAAUCGCCGGAAACUAAAGGAUAUUGCUGCAGAUAUUUUGACCAAAAGUGGUCGCUCAAUCGGCUUAGAACCAUGCCUAAUGAAACGGAGGUCACUAGCUCGAAACUCUCAUUUCCCCUCCCCUUUGGGCCAAUUACUUACUAAAAAAGAAGAACAUAUUUUGACCAAAAGGUGUAAGCAGCUGAAACGUGACAAUAAUGAUGGUGAAACUUUACUUCAUAGAAGAAAGUUUGUAACAAACUCAGCUAAGUAUGUACAUCGCCCAUUGCAUGGAAAGAGAUCUAUUGGAAGAGGUCAAUCUCAGUUCAGGGAGGAACUUAUGGACACUCUUAGAAUGCCUCAUAGACCGAGGGAGUACGAGGAAUUGUUGCAAGAGUUUACUAUUCACAGACAAAUCCGACAUGAUAGACGAUUGCGUGGGGGAGUAACAAAAGAAUAUGUUACGGGUGUUCUUGGCCAAUCAUAUAGAGAGCAGUAUCCUGAUCUUGCUAAGAAGAUAGAUUUAGUUCGUUCUGAUCGUCCUACAGUUUUGAAUCUUCUACGUGGAUUUUUCUAUUGGUUAAAGAAAUUGCCGCAAGAAGGAGCAUUCAAGCCUUGGUUGGAUUCGUCAUGUCUAAAGGAAGUAACGCGGGAUACUUCCUCCAGUCAGAUAGUGUAAUCUAUUAGAUUAAGCGUUUUGCAUGCAGAGAGAGAGAUUGGUCUGGAUAGUUCCUAGUGUGCAUAAUGCUACUAGUUGAUCAUAAAACCUGACAUUUUAAGAGAGAGAGAGAGGUCUGGAUAGUUCCUAGUGUGCAUAAUGCUACUAGUUAAUCACUUGUGGAGCAGAUAAUUAUGUCAACUUGAACUAGUAUUUCUUUUUAUUUUCCCCCUCUAUUCCAUCCAGUUUGAUUGAAUCUUUCACUUUGA